AUGCUGCGCGACAUCUCAGGCGGGCAAAGGAAGCGAGUCACCACAGGCGUGUCCCUCGUGGGCCCCAAGCAAGUUCUCCUGAUGGACGAGAUCAGCACAGGGCUGGACUCCUCCACCACCUUCCUCAUCAUGCGCUGCCUGCGCCACCUCACGCACCUCCACGCCGCCACCACGCUCGUGGCACUACUCCAGCCCGCCCCCGAGACCUACGAGCUCUUUGACGACGUGCUGCUACUUGCAGAAGGCCACGUGGUGUUCCAUGGGCCCAGGGAGCAGGGGCAGUACUGGAGGGGGGGAGCGGCUGGGGCAGAUGGUGGGGCGGGUAGGAAAAGCCAGCCGUAUCACUAUGUGCCGGUGCAGGCAUUUGAGGCGGCAUUUAAGGAGACGCAGAUCGGCAAGGCCAUUGCUGCCCGCCUCUCGAUCAUCCUCGUGGCGCUCGUCACCAUGACCACCUUUUUCCGCACCACCCUCGACGUCUCCCUGCAAGACGACAACUAUUACCUCGGAGCCACGUUCUUCGGUGUGGUCAUGAUGCUCUUCAAUGGGUUCACGGAGCUCCCGCUAGUCAACUUCCGCCUGCCCAUCUUCUACCGCCAGAGGGACGCGUUUCUGUACCCCGCGUGGGCGUGGGCGGUGCCCUUAGAGCUACUCUCCAAGCCCUUCUCCGCCUGGGCCUCCAUUAUUUGGACUGCUUUCACCUACUAUGGGAUUGGCUUUGCACCGGAACCAGGCAGGUUCUUCAUGCACAUGUCUCUAUUUUGCCGCAUCCACCAGGUCGCCAUAUCAUUCUUCAUGCAGAUGCUGCUCUUCUUCCUCAUCCACCAGGUCUCCAUUUCUCUCUUCCGCCCCAUAGGAGCAGUGGGUCCCAACAUGGUGGUGUUCACGACCUUUGGCUCAUUCGCCGACAUCCUCUUUGUCGUCAUGGGCGGUUUCGUCAUUGCAAAACCCGACAUCAGCAACGUGUGGAUCUGGGCGUAUUGGAUUUCGCCUCUCAUAUACGCGCAGAACGCCCUCGCUGUUAACGAGUUUCUCGCGCCCCGCAGGAACGUCUCCGCAGGUCCCCUCUUCCCCACCACGGCCACCAUGGGGCAGGUGUUUCUGGAGAGCCGCUCGAUCCCAAUGGAUGACAAGUGGGUCGGCAUUGGUGUGGCGGCACUCAUUGGAUACAUCCUGCUUUUCAACCUCCUCACUGUUGCCACGCUCGCUUAUCUUGAUCCCUGCUCUCUUGCCUGCUCUCUUGCCUGCUCACUUGCCUGCUCACUUGCCUGCUCUCUUGCCUGCUCUCCUGCCUGCUCUCUUGCCUGCUCUCUUGCGUGCUCUCUUGCAUGCUCUCUUGCGUGCUCUCUUGCGUGCUCUCGUACCUGCUCUCGUGCCUGCCUCUCUUGCCUGCUCUUGUGCUUGCUCUCUUGCCUUCUCUCUUGCCUGCUCUCUUGCCUGCUCUCUUGCCUGCUCUCUUGCCUUCUCUCUUGCCUGCUCUCUUGCGUGCUCUCUUGCCUGCUCUCUUGCCUUCUCUCUUGCCUGCUCUCUUGCGUGCUCUCUUGCCUGCUCUCUUGCCUGCUCUCUUGCCAGCUCUCUUGCCUGCUCUCUUGCCUGCUCUCUUGCCUGCUCACUUGCCUGCUCUCUAGCCUCUGCUCUCUUACCACUCACCCCAACGCACCGACUCAUCCUGAGCCCUUAAUCUCUUAUGCUGCUCUCUCUCUCUCCCGUGCGCCUCUCCCUGCAUCGUGGGACCGCCCCCAACCGGUGGUGUCGGAGGAGCAGAUAGAGGCGAAGCACACCACCCACACGGGCGAGGUGGUGGUUGCAGCGGGCGGCAACAGGAAGCGGUCCACUCGGCAGGAUGCAGGCAGCGCUUUGGACCGCUACUGCACCAGCCACACAGGGGCCAAAGACGUGGAGUCCCAGGCCGAGUCCACCGAGGGCAAGCACAGCAUGGUGCUGCCAUUCGCGCCGCACUCGCUCUCCUUCCACAACGUCAGCAACUUCGUCGGCAUGCCCGCCGAGAUGCGCGCCGAGGGCGCCGCCCCCCCCUCCCCCCCCCCCCCCCCCCCCCCCCCCCCCUCCGACGCGCGCCUGCAGCUGCUGCGCAAAGUGUCGGGCGCGUUCCGCCCCGGGGUGCUGACAGCGCUGGUGGGCGUGUCGGGCGCAGGUAAGACGACGCUCAUGGACGUGCUGGCGGGGAGGAAGACCGGGGGGUACAUCGAGGGGGACGUGCGCGUGUCAGGGUUCCCCAAGGUGCACGAGACGUUUGCUCACGUGGCGGGGUACUGCGAGCAGAGCGACAUUCACACACCGCAGGUGACGGUGCACGAGAGCCUGCUCUUCUCCGCGUGGCUGCGCCUGCUGGCUGAUGUUGACAAGGAAGUCAGAGAGGAGUUUGUGGAGGAGGUGAUGGAGCUGGUGGAGCUUGAUAGAGCCACGUAG